AUGGUUAUUUUUAAAUCGAAAUAUCCUGAUGUUGAGAUUCCUUGUGAUGUUGGGAUUUACCAGUUCGUCAUGAGUAAUCCAAAUCAAAUCUCAGACGAUAAAGCGGUGUUUAUUGAUGCCAUAACUCAUAAAAAGAUUGGUUUUGGUGAUUUGAAGAGUGACACAAGAAGAUUUGCUGCAGGAUUGCAAGAUCAUCUUGGAUUCAAGCGUGGUGAUGUUUUAUGUAUUUAUUCACCAAAUCAGAUCGAUUAUGCAACCGUUGUAUUUGGAUGUUUGGCAGCUGGAGGAAAAGUGUCACCAGCCAAUUGUUCAUAUACUGCAAAAGAAUUGACAUAUCAAUUACUCGAUUCCGGAGCCACCGUUAUAAUUGCUCAUCCAGAUACCAUAUCAAAAGCAAUUGAAGCGUCUAUCAACGCAAAAAUUCCGGAAUCCAAUAUAUUUGUGUUCGGUGAUCAUGAAGUUAAUGGAAUUCAACCUUAUACCAGCUUACUUGGUAUACAUGAAGCAGAGCCUGUACGUUUUACACCGGAAGAAAUUAAAACCACUACCGCGUUCUUGUGUUACAGUUCUGGGACUACAGGGAGAAGUAAAGGUGUAGAAACAACGCAUUAUAAUUUUAUUGCUAAUCUUAUGCAGACUCGUGCUUUUGAAGGGGAUAAUGUCCAUAGUAGUCUUUGUUAUCUUGGAGUAUUGCCAUUCUACCAUAUGUAUGCUCUUAGUGUCAACCUACAUUUUGCUCUCCUUCUGGGAGCAACAACAAUCGUAAUUCAAAAAUUCGAUAUCAAAACGUUUUUCAAAGCGAUUCAAGAUUAUAAAGUUGAUAUUGCCCCUGUCGUGCCUCCAAUCUUGUUGCUCAUGGUGAAAAAUCCUGCAGAAUGUAAUCUAAAAUAUGUUAUGUGUGGUGCUGCUCCUCUAAGCAAAUCAUUGAGUGACGACUUUGACAGGAUAUAUCGAAUUCCUAUUAAACAAUUAUAUGGGCUUACCGAGACCUCACCAAUAUCCCAUAUUGGACCUCUUGAAAAACUUGUAAAUGGAUCUGUUGGGGUUCUUCUUCCGAAUAUUCAAGCAAAGAUCAUAUCUGAAAAUGGCCAUGAGCUUGGAUUUGAUCAACCUGGAGAAUUAUAUCUUCGUGGUCCAAUGGUCAUGAAAGGAUAUCUUAACAACAAGGAAGCUACCGAUAACUGCAUAGAUAAAGAUGGUUGGUUCCGUACAGGGGAUAUUGCUACAGUUGAUAAAGAUGCACCAGCAGAAUUAGAAUCUCUCCUUUUAACACAUCCUGCGAUAGCUGACGCUGCUGUAAUCGGUGUGUACUCGGAAAAAGAGGCCACAGAAUUGCCACGUGCAUAUGUCGUACCCCAAGGACAAGGGCCAACCAUAAAGUUGCAACAAGAAAUUUUACAAUUUGUCGCGAGUAGAGUUAGUUAUUUUAAAAGAUUAAAAGGUGGUGUAGUGUUCGUUGAUAAAAUUCCUAAAAGUUUAUCAGGAAAGAUAUUGAGGAGAAUGUUGAGGAACGGUAAAGGUUUUAACGUGCUUACUUUAGAAGAAUCAAAGAUAAAAGCACGUCUAUAA